UUCUGUGUUGUGGGGGUUGGCUGUGUAGGUAGAGCUAGUGAAGAUAACCUAUCAAGAUCAUUGAACUGUAAAUAAAAACUCUUUCAAAAAGGUCUCGCAUUGUGGAAUACAAUGUCAGAUACGGAGACCAAGCCUUCAAGUGAUGGAGGAGAGAAAAAGGAUGGAGAAUAUAUUAAAUUAAAGGUGAUCGGCCAGGACAACAGUGAAAUUCACUUCAAGGUGAAGAUGACGACACAUUUAAAGAAGCUGAAAGAAUCCUACAGCCAGAGACAGGGUGUUCCUAUGAACACCUUAAGGUUUCUCUUUGAAGGACAGAGAAUUGCAGACAACCAGACUCCCAAAGAGCUUGGAAUGGAAGAUGAGGAUGUCAUUGAAGUGUACCAAGAACAGACUGGUGGCCAUUGGAAUGACUAGAAGAAAAUCCUUCUCGCUUUUUUUGUUUUUGUUUUUAUUUUAUUUUGUAUGUAUGACUUUAUUCUCUGGUUUUAUUUGCUAUUCCCAUUGAUAGGAAAGGAGAUCAUGCAACCAUCUGGGUCAAAAUAUCCCCUCCUGCCACCAUGAUUGCAGAGUUUUAAUGGAUGAUGUUGAGCCAGAACGUGUGAAUGGAUGGAUAACAUUUCCUUCUCUUCAGCAGUGUUCAUUUCUUCUUCUUCCUCUUUCCUCAAUCCGUCUCACUUUCCCCCUUUCUCUCAUCUCUCUUGUGUACCUCACAUACAGGGUACAAGUCAGGACGUGUGCUUAGUGAGAUCAGAUACAGUGACUUGUUGUGUUCUGCCCAAAGCUCAGGACGAUCCCUCAUAAUACUCGUGUGUGUGUGUGUGUGUGUGUGUGUGUGUGUGUGUGUGUGUGUGUGUGUGUGUGUGUGUGUGUGUGUGUGUGUGUGUGUGUGUGUGUGUGUGUGUGUGUGUGUGUGUGUGUGUUGGGGGGGCUGUCUGUCUGAUUCUGAGUGCAAAGAAGCUUUCAUCUCAUGUCUCCAUAGUCUCGGUAAGCACCUCAUAGCUCAGCUCUCAAGACCACAGUGUAGCCUACCAUGCUAAACGUACUUCUGAAACCCUGUUGUGACGUGGGUUUGAUACUACAGCCUAAUCAGGAACCACUCCUAGAGUCAACAAUCUUCCCCAGUGCACAGCUGGGAUAAGUGUAGGCCUACCCUACCCUAAGUCAAGGGCAUAAUGUACGCUCUGUAGGUGACUUCACAUACACAUGGCAAGAAUCCGGGCAGAAAACUUUUCAUUAAUCAGGUGCUGAAGAUGAACUUAAAGGGACACUUCACCGAUUAGCAUUAAGCUUUGUAUCUUUAGAAAACCAGUCAUGUUUUUGAAUGGUCAUGCAUCAUUCCCUCAGUUUGCCUUGAGAUGGGAGAAAUACGGAUUUCAAUGUUGGACUUCCUGCUUUCAAUUAUGUAAAAAUCAUCAUUUUACAUCAUUGAAAGCAGGAAGUCCUAUUCCUGGGUUACAUUGAAAUCCGUAUUUCUCCCAUCUCGAGGCAAACUGAGGGAAUGAUGCACGACCAUUAAAAAACAUGACAGGUUUUCUAAAGAUACAAAGCUUAAUGCUAAUCGGUAAAGUGUCCCUUUAACAGUAGGCACCAUAACAAGAGCUUCAUAAUACACCUUUGCGAUGAUGACUUCACAUUUAUUGCUAAACAGAGGUGUGUUGUGGAACUUUCAUCUGCAGGCUUCGUCCCUACAGUCAGCUCUAAUAUAAUGUAUAGAGCCUUCAAUCAGAGUAAUAUCUGAUGUCUGAACAUUGGCAAUAUGUUGAAGGGGAAACCAGUGCAUUUACCCCUAAUCCUUUGCAAUCACAGACUGAUUGCUAUUCAGACCCUUUUUUCUUUUCUUUUCUUUUUUCUAAUCAAAAUGAAAAUAUUGAAGAAUGUGUGUUUUAAAUGUUUAAUUUAGUCUGAGUGAAUGAUUUAUUAAGCCCAAAUAAGUGCUUGCAUGUCUGUGAACAUAACUUUGAUCAUGUUUAAAUGUUUCAUUUACAUUGAAAAGGUGUUCCGGUAAAUCUUGGCUGUGUGUGUUGUUGUUGUUUUUCACUGAUUGUUUUUGAGGACAGGGUUGUUAUUUUCUACAUCAACUUGCAGCGCAUGUUUAACCUGUAAUCAUGCUUAUUUAUUUUUAACUGUGUGACUUUCCAUUCUUUUUCAAAUGACCCCAUGCUCACUGUGUCUUCUCAGCUCUCUGAAGUGAAGACUCCCAAAAAAUAAGUUUCUCGUUUGCGUGAUUGAAUGGCAUGUAAAGGUGGAUCUGUGUGUGUUAAUUUUACUGCAGCAUCAUACUUCUAUUGUUUCUAAAGUAUUAUAUUUUUCUUUAUAAAGGAUAGUUGAUCCAGGUGGUUUUAUGGACAUAGAAUGGAUAUUAUUUUUCUUUUGUCUUGUUUUAUAAAUAAAAUGUGUCAGAAAACAUCGGA